AUGUGCUAUUGUCUCUCACCAGUGGCCCCCAUGGACAUCAAACUUACCACUAACUUUGUAUAUAUACACAUACAUAGAAAGUCUGUUUGUGCAAAACACAAGUCUUACUUGCUGUGUAUUACUCAAAAUCCUUCAUUCCUUUUCUUUUUAACUCAUCAUUUGAAGUUACAAAAGUAUCUCGCAAUGGGUAUCAAAAUGAGUCCCCUUAUUCAAGGUACAAGAAUCUUGAGGAGGUUUUCAAAUUCCGGAGGUGUUCCAAAAGGACAUUGUGCAGUAUAUGUAGGAGAGAGCCAGAAGAAGAGAUUCGUCGUGCCAAUAUCUUACUUGAGCCAACCUUUAUUUCAAGACUUGUUAACUCAAGCUGAAGAACAGUUUGGCUUCGAUCAUCCAAUGGGCGGUCUAACAAUACCUUGCAAAGAAGACGUGUUUGUUGAUCUCACAUCCUGCUUGAGAUCAUGAAUUGUAUAAAGUGAAAAUUCUCUUGCACACGAAAUUUUGUAGAUUAGUAGACUUAGAUUUUAGAAAGAGGAAGUUUUACUAUAUAGUUCAGAAACACAAAAUCAAUAGAAGUUGUUUCCAUGAUCAAUUUAUGAAUAGCAGAAGUGCUUUUUCUUAUAAUCACUAUU